AUGAAAGAUAUUCUUGCUGUUGAAGGAGUUUGCAGGUCAUUGCGUGACUCGGUUAGAAAAGAGCCUUUUUUCUGGAGAACCAUUGACCUCGGUGGUUCGCCUCUUAAAGAAAGAGUAACUGAUGAUUCUCUUUUGAAGUUAACGCACCGCGCUCAAGGUAAUCUUCAGUCUUUGACUCUGGGAGGCUGUGUAGGUAUCACUGAUAAUGGCUUGAUGCAAGUGCUUGCUAGCAAUCCACGUCUCACAAAGCUGAGCAUAGCGGGUUGUCUUAAACUAAGCACAGAAGAAGUGUUGUCCAUUUUAAGGGACUUAAAAUCCGCAAACCGUCUUGGAGUCAAAACCUUUAUCACUGGUGGGGUGUUAUAUUUCACAAAGGAGCAGUUUAAAGAGCUGAACUUAUUACUUGGAGCAGAUGCUAAUGCGGUUCCAAAAUCCAGGAAGAAGAGAUUCUUUAAAUCUUCUAGAUCAGAAUUCUCUUUAGAAGAUGAUCGAGUUACUGACAUAGAGAUUUGCCCGCGGUGUGAGAGACCGGGGAUGGUAUUUGAUUGUCCAGGAGAAGCCUGUCCGUUGAAGGAUAAUCCUUGUCCUAAAUCAUCGUGCAGAGCUUGCGUAGUCUGCAUAGAACGUUGCCUCGACUGUGGGAGUUGCUUAAAUGACUGUGAACAUAAACCGUUGUUCUGUUUUGCAUUCAGCUGUGUGGUCUGCUAUAGGAAGAACUUGAAGUCAGAAGCAUAA